CCUUUCUUUAUCAUUGUCAUCACUAUUUUUUUCCUUUCCAUUUUUUUCUAGAAACCAUCGUCAAAUAAAUCAAAAUAUUUUCGUUAUAUAUAUUUUAGAAACUAAUAAUUUUCUUCAUACUCAAUUUCCUUCAACCAUGGAAGAAGAACAUGUUCAUAUAAUGAAAGACGCAAAUUAUGCUGACGUGGAAUCAGAAUCCGAAUCCGUAGAAGAAGAAGCACUUUCUCUAUGUGAUCUUCCAAUAAACGAAGAUUCAAAAAGCUUGGACGACAAGUCGUUUAAGAGAAAUAGUAAUAUCCGAAGGCCAUUGUCGUUACCGGAAUCGAGCGAUUUCUUCAGCGGUUUCAGCAGUAGCGGUAGCUCCGAUAUGUGUCCGGCAGACGACAUCAUUUUCUGCGGUAAGCUCGUGCCGUUUAAAGAGUUAGUUAACCAACGACGGAAAGAAAGUCUCAAUCUCAACGUUGAAGAAUUGAAUAAACCGAAAACGCAUCGCCGGAGAUCGGGAUCUGUUUCUUCCGUUCUUCGAUCUAGCAGUGUCAGCAAUUUCGGCGGUGGUUCUAAUUCUAACCGCUUCAUGAUGAGGAACAGUAGGUCGCUAAAUUAUUGUAAGUUGAGAGAACAUUCUUCGAUUUUUCAGGUAUUGAAAGCGCCGGAAGUUGUUCGGGAUUCUUCUGUUAGAAGCGUUGCAUCGUCGGAGGGAGUAGCGAAGAAAGCAAUGAAGCCGCGAUGGUAUUCUCUCGUGUUUGGGAAGAUGAAGGUUCCGCCGGAGAUGGAACUCAAUGAUAUUAAGAAUCGGCAAGUUCGCCGGAAUCCUUCUAAAAGCAUGUUUCUAUCAUCGGAUUCCGGUGAGAAUUUGGACGUGAAUCGUAGCUCCGGUAAAGUGUCAUGGAAAAUACUGAAAGCGUUGAGUUGUAAGGAUCACAACAGCGUUUCCGUAACGACGUCUUUCUCUUUGCCUCAAGCGUCGUCGUAACUUGGUGUAUGCAGAGUCACGUGAGGUGCACGUUUACGGAAACAAGGUGAAGAUUCUUACUGUAAUGACGAUAUUACCCUUGUGAUUAUGUUGGAUGACAUUGACAAUAAUGACCAUGAUAUAUAAACGGUGAUAUCUAGAUGUGAAAUAACAAAAUCAAUGAUUAAAUUAGUAUAAAUAAUUCUUUUUUGGUUUA